UAUAUUAAAAAGAACAUGCAGAUUAGCACCCAAUGGCCCCCUGACACGUUUUACAAUGCAUCAGAUCCAUACUUGACAACUCCAACGCGCUACUUGUUGGCUUCUUCCGGCUUCCGCUUAGCAACCGUGAACUCUGUUUCUGAGCCGCCACGUCUUUCGAGCGCUGCGUUUCCGCCGUGUCAUUUCCGGUCCCUCAGCAAAAUCCCGGCACUUUCAGACAUGUCAGUCUCCGUGCUGUCGGUUGUGUCUCGCUUCUUUGAUGAAUAUGUCAGCUCCACUCCGCAGCGGCUCAAGCUGCUGGACGCUUACUUGCUGUACAUCUUGCUGACCGGCGCUUUGCAGUUCUUGUACUGCCUGCUGGUUGGGACCUUCCCCUUCAACUCCUUCUUGUCCGGCUUCAUAUCCUCCGUGGGCUCAUUCAUCCUUGGCGUGUGUUUAAGGAUUCAGAUAAAUCCACAAAACAAAAGUGACUUCCAGGGGAUUUCUCCAGAGAGAGCUUUUGCAGACUUCCUCUUUGCCAACACUAUUUUACACUUGGUUGUCAUUAAUUUUAUUGGUUGAUCUGUUUCCCAAUAAAAGCGAGAGUCUUUCCUUUGCUGUUGAGAUGAAGAUGUUACUGGACAACACACAGAUUCAUUCCUAACGUUUAGUUUCUAUGAUGUCUCAUUAAGGGUUGGUCAGGUCAAGAAAUGGAACCUGAGCCAGUGCAACCAGUCUGUGUUUUGUCAGUAAAAACUGCCAAUAAAGUCUACAUUUCCUAA